AUGGAUUACGAUUUUGACGACUAUGGUGCAGGCGGUGCCGAAACAUUGACUUUUGUCGACGACGACGAUGGCAUGAGCGCUGCAACUCAGGAUUCACAAUAUUAUGCGGGAAAUCAAUUCAGCUUGCCAACUCAAAGUUCUCAGGUGGAUUCAGUUCUCGUUUCGGGUGUCGAGAGCAAUGCCGAUUUGACUUUUCAAGAAGUCGAUGAAUCGGAAACUGAAGAAGAAUAUAUCGAUACUUCGAAGUUUGUUGAACAUGCUUGUCGUUAUUGUGGAAUUAGUGAUCCACUUUGUGUUGCUAAAUGUACAGUUUGUGACAAAUGGUUUUGCAAUUCAAAACAAGGAACUAGUGGUUCACAUAUUGUUAAUCACAUGGUCAGAAGUAGACAUCGCGAGGUAACUUGAAUAUUCUUCCAAGAAAUCCUCAAGAUAAUAAUGAAAUUCAGGCUUUUCUUCACGAAGAAUCUCCAUGCGGUCCAACUCAACUCGAAUGUUAUUUAUGCGCUUCGAAAAACGUGUUCAAUCUCGGUUUCAUUCCUGCAAAAGCUGAUUCAGUUGUUGUCAUUCUUUGUCGAACUGUUUGCCUCCAACAAGCAUCUCAAAAAGAUCCGAAUUGGGUUGCCGAAGAUUGGAAAACUCUUAUCACCGAACGUCAAUUAUUGUCCUGGUUGGUGAAUAUUCCAUCAGAAGAGCAAGACGCGAGAGCAAGGAAGAUCACACAAUCGCAAGCGAGUCGUUUAGAAGAUUUAUGGAGAGAAAUGCCGAAUGCAACGCUGGAAGAUUUGGAUAAACCGGGAAUCGACAGAGAACCUGAUCAUGUUACCCUAAGAUAUGAUGAUGCUUUUCAAUAUAAACAUAUUUUCAAGCCUUUGAUAAAGAUCGAAGCUGAAUAUGAUAAAAUCAUGAAAGAAUCUCAAACUCAAAAUGUUGGUUUAGUUCGAUGGGAUAGUGGAUUGAAAAGAAAAUCACUUUUGGCAUAUUUCCAUCUUCCAAAAUAUUCGGAUGGUUGUAUGAAAUUGAUGAUUGGAGAUCAAUUGAAAUUGACACAUAAUCAGACGGUUGAUGGGUCGACUUGGUCAACCAGUGGAACUGUUUUCAAAUUACCUGAUAGUGAGUUCAAAAACGUGGCAUUCGUGUGUUUUUUUCGCAGAAAUCCAAGAAUUUUGUGAAAAAAUUGAGAAGAAUUUCAAAACUGUUUUAACUUUAGCUCUAGAUUUUUAAUGAAAUAUGUUUGCUAGUAAUUUUCGACCCGCUGAUCACGAUUCCGUUGUCGAAAAUUGCAGAAUUCAUCUCCUAGUAUUAGUUAUGACGUGGCAAAUUUCAAAAAAUCGAGAUUCCAAAAGCUGAAAACUAGCUUUAAAAAUUAUUUUCAUGCAAAUAUGGUAGAAUAGAGACCGUGUUGAACAACCCUAUGCUAUCAGAUUUGAGUGAAAAACUAGUUUUCAGCUUCUGAAAUCUCGAUUUUUCGAACUUUGCCACGUCAUAACUCAUGUUAGAUGUUGAGUUCUGCAGUUUUAGACGACUAGAUCGUGAUCAGCGUCUCGAAAACUACUAGAAAACUUAAUUCUUUAAAAAUCUAGAGUGAAAGUUGAAACAGUUCCAUUGUAAGUUAUAGUAUACAUAUAAUAUUUUCAGAUCUCUCUGAUGAAGUUGGAAUUGAAGUCAAAGCUGCAAACGUCGAAAAAGAUGUUACUGAAAAACGUAUCAUGUUCACUUGCGAGAUUGUUUGGAACUCUACCACAUUUGAUCGUCAAUAUCAAGCUCUUGAUAAACUUGCGAAUGAUAACAAAUGCGUUUCUCAAUAUAUUUUCCAUAAAAUAAUGGGGCGACAAGUUGAUGAAGUCAUGUUUAAGGUAAAACUCAUCGAGAUAUUAAAAAAAAAUAAAAUUUAAUAUCAAUUCCAGUAUCAACUUCCAAAAAGAUUAUCUGUUCCCGGAUUGCCGGAUUUGAAUCCAAGUCAAAUGCAAGCUAUCAAACAGGCUUUGACCAAACCGCUUAGUUUGAUUCAAGGACCACCGGGAACUGGAAAGGUAUUUUAUUUUUAAUUUUUGAUAUACUCAAAAUUAAGCUAUUUUUAGACAGUAACUUCUGCAACUAUGGUAUAUCAUUUGGUGAAUCAAACCGAAGGACAAGUUCUCGUUUGUUCACCAUCCAAUAUUGCUGUUGAUCACCUGGCCGAAAAAAUCCAUAAAACUGGCCUGAAAGUUGUUCGACUUACUGCGAAAUCUCGUGAUAGUACUGAUAAUUCAGUUCGUUUCCUAACCAUCGAAUCACAAUUGAGAGUUCUUGGCGGAGAAGAAUUGAAGAAUCUGAUCAAAUUGAAAGAGGAAAUUGGAGAACUCGAAGAUGCUGAUCAUUUGAGAUAUUUGCAUUUGAAACAAUUGACCGAGCAUGAUAUUCUUGCGAAAGCUGAUGUUAUUUGUUCGACGUGUUCAACUGCGGCUGACCCAAGAUUGGCGAGAAUUCGCAUCAAAACUGUGUUGAUUGAUGAAUCGACACAAGCAACAGAACCAGAGAUAAUGGUGUCAAUUGUGAGAGGUGUUCGACAUUUGAUUCUUGUUGGUGAUCAUUGUCAAUUGGGACCUGUUGUGUCGUGUAAAAAAGCGGCGAAUGCUGGACUACAACAAUCGUUGUUUGAGAGAUUGAUUUUGUUGGGAAUUCGACCGCAUCGACUUCAAGUGCAAUAUCGUAUGCAUCCGGUUUUGUCGGCUUUUCCGUCCAAUGCGUUUUAUGAAGGAAGUUUGCAGAAUGGUGUUAGUGAAAGUGAGUUUUUUUUUGAAAAUUAGGCUCUCUAGGCGCCGAUCCUUGAAAAUUGGAAUUUAUAGGGUUGGCUACUUGAAAACUAGAGUUUCUAGGCACUGGCCUUUGAAAAUUGAAAUUUCUAGGCGUGGAUACUUGACAACUAGGUUCUCUAGGCGUGAUUCCUAGACAAUUAGGCUCUCUAGACUCGAUUCCUUGAAAAUUAAAAUUUCUAGGCUUGGCUGCUUGACAACUAGGUUCUCUAGACGUGGCUACUUGACAACUAGGAUUUCUAGGCGCUGAUCCUUGAAAAUUGAAAUUUCUAGGCUUUGGUCCUUGAAAACUAGGUUCUCUAGGCGCUGAUCCUUGAAAACUAGGUUCUCUAGGCGCUGGCCUUGAAAAUUGGAAUUUCUAGGCUUGGCUACUUGAGAACUAGAGAUUAUAGACGUGGCUACUUGAAAACUAGGGUUUCUAGGCCUGCCUACUUGAAACCUAGGUUCUCUAGGCGCUGAUCCUUGAAAAUUGGAAUUUCUAAGCUUGGCCACUUGCCAUAGAAGCUCUCAAGACGCAAUUCCUUGCCACAGUUCAUCUCAAGAAGCGCGUCCUAGACAAUUAGGUUCUCUAGGCUCUGCUACUUGACAACUAGGUUAUUUGACACACAAACUCUAAAAGUGUACCUCUUCAGAAUUGAAAAUUUGAAGUAAAUACCAUUUUUGAUUUUUCCCAGGUGAUCGAAUUCUACAAGGAGUUGAUUGGCAAUGGCCAGUUUCCAAUCGCCCAUCAUUUUUCUGGUCAUGUUAUGGAGCCGAAGAAAUGAGUUCAAGUGGAACAUCGUUCUUGAAUCGAACUGAAGCUGCGAAUGUCGAAAAAUUGGCUAGUAAAUUGAUAAGGUAAGGGUUUUUCAUAAAAUUUAAAAAAUUCCCAUAUUUUUCGCAGAGGUGGAAUGUUGCCUGAACAAAUUGGUAUUAUUACUCCUUAUGAAGGACAACGUGCAUUUAUCGUAAAUUAUAUGCAUACUCAAGGCUCCCUUAAUUCAAAACUUUAUGAAAAUGUUCAAAUUGCGAGUGUUGAUGCGUUCCAAGGAAGAGAGAAAGAUUUUAUUAUUGUAACUUGUGUUCGAUCGAAUAGCUCGUCUGGAAUCGGAUUUUUGAAUGAUCCACGGCGUUUGAAUGUUGCGAUUACAAGAGCAAAAUAUGGAUUAGUUGUGAUUGGAAAUGCAAAAGUUCUCGGAAGACAACCAAUGUGGCAUGAUUUGAUUACGUUUUACAAAGAUAAAGGAUUGGUCUUUGAAGGUCCGAUUAAUAAUUUGAAAUCGGUUAAUUUGACAUUGCCGAAACCGGUUGCGAAAACAUCUGGAAUUGGGGUAAGUUUUUUUUAAAUUUUUGAAAAAAUAAACAAUUUUCUUUCAGUCGGGAAGAUAUGGUUUGCAACGUUUCACCUAUAAUUACAAUGAGUUCCGUGGCACAAGCAAUGCUAGACUCCCAAUGACUUAUAAUGGAACACAGAAUUUGUUGUCGCAAUCCAGAUUGGCUAGAGAUUCGAUGAAUUCGAAUAUUCCGGUGCCGCUUGAUGUGAUUUGCCCGAAUAUUUAUGUGCAACCGAAACAACAGCAUAGAGGUGGGGUUUUUGGGCAAAAAAUUGAAAAAUUUGAAGUAUUUUGAGCCCAGAAACUGAAAAAUUCGACAAUUUAUGCAAGAAGCACGGAAUUUCAUGGGUUUUCUCAAAAACUUCAUUUUUCAGCGUCAAAUUUUGACCCAGAAAUUCGAAUUUUUCAAAAACAAAAAAAAUACGUUUCAAAAUUUUGAUAUAAUUUAUUAUCGAAUAUUUUUGUCAAUUUGUUUUUGAAAAUAAUACAGUUGAAAAUAUCUCAAAAUUUGAAUAGAAAUUCUGAAAUUAUCAAUUUUUGGAUUGAAUGCAUUGGAAUUGUGAAAAAAUCUGAAAAUCAUGGUUUCUAAAACGUUCCAAAAAUUUUAAAUAUUUUCUGUAGAAAUUCAAGAAUUUCCAAAUUUCUCAUGCAAAAAAUUGAGAAAUUUGAUGUUGUUCGGGUCCAGAAACUGAAAAAUCCAAUAAAAUCUAGUAACUUCCUAUUUUUUUUCCAGCUCAAAAGCGUCCAAAUUUGACACAAAAAAUUAGAAUUUUUCAAAAACAGAAAAAAAUACGUUUCAAAAUUUUGAUAUAAUUUAUUAUCGAAUAUUUUUGUCAAUAUGUUUUUUAAAAUAAGACACUUGAAAAUAUCUCAAAAUUUGAAUAGAAAUUCUGAAAUUAUUAAUUUUUGGAUUGAAUGCAUUGAAAUUGUGAUAAAAUCUGAAAAUCAUGGUUUCUAAAACGUUCCAAAAAUUUUAAAUAUUUUCUGUAGAAAUUCAAGAAUUUUCAAAUUUCUCAUGCAAAAAUUGAGAAAUUUGAUGUUUUUUGGGUCCAAAAACUGAAAAAUUCGAUAAAAUCUAGUAGCUUCCUAUUUUUUUUUGUUUUCCAGCUCAAAAUCUCAUUUUCAGAAUUAAAUUUUGACCCAAAUAUUGUAAUUUUUAAAAAACAGAAAAAAAUACGUUUCAAAAUUUUUGUAUAAUUUUUAAUCGAAUUUUUUUUUCAAUAUUUUUUUUGAACGGGUGAUAGUCACGAACUUAGCUGGAGUGUCUAAAUUUCUACGAUUUUCCUUAUAUUCUCCAUUCAAACAUCUUCAGGUCGUCGAAACAACCAAGAAUCCUCGCGGUAUUCCGAAAUGUCACAAUCUCAAUUCUCCCAAGCAUCACAAGAUCCACACAUGCAUCUACAAUCCGGAACCUACGAUGCUUCCCUAUCCGCUUGGUCACAAUCACAAUCAGGCGCCGGUUCAUCGCGAUUCACUGGCCACACUCAACCAAUGUCUCAAGAUAUGUCACAAAUUGAUGAUGUUGAACAAGAUUUGGCGAAUCUUCUACUUUCGCAAGGUCAAUGA